AGGUAUAAUCCCGGACCUCCAAUCUUACAGCCGCCAUUAAUGACUGAUCAAAAGGCAGGCACAGCACGUGACAUUGAAGUCUUGAAUAAUGUACUCACAGAUAUUGAGAUAUUUGUUGGAAAACUAAAUACAGACAAAAAGAUGAAAAAAGCAAUUCCUCAAUCUGAAUUUAUCGAAUGUCUUCAGAAGAUAAAAUACGGUUUUAAUUUAAUGGCAAAAGUCCAAGACCAGAUGUCCCAGCCAACUGCUCCAUAUUUAGUCCACAUAUUGAUGGACAACCUGCCCAAGAUCCUAUCAAAAUAUCCAGGGAAGAACGCCGCCAGCUCUGUGCUGUCUCCUUUUCUUACACAAAGAGCAAUAAUGCUUUUGAGCUCAUGUGUGACAGAUAAAGAGAGGAAACUGUGGGAGAGUUUAGGGGAUUCAUGGCUAAGAACAAGAGAAGACUGGCCUAAUGGGAAGAAUGUUCCUCCAUAUAUACCAACUUUCUAUGAUGGGUGGAUUCCUCCAGCAACCAUACCCAGUAAUGGCCAGCCAGAGAUUCAAGAAAGCAGCAAGACGCCACCCACCAACCGACAUUUCCAGCCAGUUCAAAUAAAAGUGCUUGAAGCCAGAAAUGAACGUGAACUGUCAGUGAAGAAAGGAGACAAUGUUAAGGUUCUAGAUCAGAGUCGGCAAUGGUGGAUGGUUGAGAACUCUCAGAAGCAGAGAGGUUUUGUACCAAACAACAUAUUGGAGAGUACAAAUAAUAACCAGCAGGUUCCAAUACAAGCAGUAACUUUGGAACAAAACUCUACACCACAGGAAGUGACUAAAUGGCUACAAGAUAAAGGCUUCUCAAGGAUCACAGUUAGGUGCCUUGGAGUUUUAAGAGGGGAUCAACUAUUGGACUUAAGUCGCGAUGACCUGAAGGCUGUUUGCCCUGAAGAGGGUGGUCGUGUGUAUUCACAACUCAAUGAAAUUCAACUUUCCUUACCGAUGUCAAAGCUUAUGAACUGA